GGAGAAACAAAUGAAGAGGCUGAGGAGGAGAUCUUCAAGUACGUUUCAACUUGGCCGAGUCAGUUGGCAUCCCGCCGCCCCGGCUAAUAUGAUGACUUUCGUUCGGACACGGUGCUCGCGGUGAUCUCGCCACGAAUGUGAUCGAUCGGUUGGUGAUUCCUUGUAAAAGCGACCCGCGCACGAGUGACGACCGAGAGCGACGGGGGUGUGUGUGGACGCGACGCCGGGAAGAGUGGGUGAUUAUCGUGCGAACUCUGGCAGACGAGGCGACGACAUCGAUCCCGAAAACGCCGUCCUUGCCGACCCGCGAUUUGCGGCCGCCGCGGCGAACCAGCCGACGAGAAACUUUCGCGGCCUCCGGGAAGAAGAAGGGAAGAAAGACGGCUCGGGAGGGAAGCAUGGCUUCGGGAUUGAUGCGCGAAUAGCACGCGAGAGAGACACUGAACUUCGGACUUCCGAAAACUCGGAUCAUCCGGCUGGUCGUUCGGCGACUCGAAGAAUUCCAAGGUCGCGAGCCGCCGUCGACAAAGCAACGCGAUUUUAACGCGGCGCCCGAAUAUCAAAUUCGACGGGAAUGCUGAUUACGAUAAUGCCGGCGGAGGGAUAGCGAUUAUCGGAAGUCGAGACGCGGCGGAACGGAGCGGCCGAGCAAGCGGCGAAACGAGGACGGCAAUAUUUUUGGAGGAGCGCGCUCAGCCGGCACGUGGCGCGGGCCCUUAAUUGCUCCGUCACGCUUCAGCUCGACGAUGCCUCGGUUCAUAUACUCCGAUGGAAAUUACGCGUGAAUGCGCGCCUCUCGCUCCCGUGCACCUCCAUCCCUCGUGAAUAAUCGUCGCGCCCUGACGAAUGUCCCGACGGGGUCGUCGCGUCUCCGCACACCGUCGCCGGUAGCUCGAAACGCGGCGGACGUCGUCCGCGUUGGACGCUCGCGGGCUCCUUGGAUCCUGGAAACGCGUCGGCGAAUCGAUUAGGCGAGCGACGCGGGACAAACGUUGAUCCACGGCGACGCGGAUCGAUCACUCCGCUUCGUCGGCGCGGCAAAAUGUUGUGCGCGAGUUCCGAACAGGAGGCAGGCAACGGCGUGAUAGUCUCGCAGGUCCCGAACAGCCACGCGCCGCAGGAUUUCACGGUCUCGCGGCUUCUGGCGACGUCGAAUCACUCGUUGGAGUGCAACGAGAGCGCCGCGACGGCCGCCGCGAACAGAAGGCCCCGGCGAAGCAGAACAACGUUCUCCGCGCAACAGUUAGCCGCCUUGGAGAGGGUCUUCGAGAGGACGCACUACCCGGACGCGUUCGUUCGCGAGGAACUGGCCACCAGGGUCUCCCUGUCGGAGGCGAGGGUCCAGGUAUGGUUUCAGAACAGACGCGCGAAAUUCCGGCGGAACGAGAGGAGCUCGGCGAUCAGUCGAGGCGUUUCGUCGACCAAGGAGAUGGAGGCCGCGUUGCCCCUGCGGCCGAUUAGGGUCGCGCACCCCCAGGAGAACAACCCGGAGACCCUGCAGACCGCUCAGAUGACCCAGUACCCGUACGGCGAGUACUGGAGGUCCUCGCAACACUAUGCCUCCAUGCAAGCGCCCUCGACCUGCCACGGGCUGAUCAACGGCAAUCUGGGGAACAUGAACAUCCCCUCUUAUCAUCAGACGGAGAUACACGGGGGGCUGGAAGGAUCCGCGAUGAACAGCCUGAACGCGCUCAGGUUCAGAACGCACCCUUACGGUGCCACGUACCCCGCCAUGCACGCGAGCAUGUGAGAGAAAGCGUUUAGGAUCGCGACGCCCGUUGCAACCCUUGUCGCACCUUCGCGAUUGGAAGGAGAUGCGGCGCAAGUUGCUUGGUUCUAUCUCUCGGGAACACGUGUACCGCAGGUCUACAACAGGUUUUCCAGUGAAACUUCACCGGAAUUUCGUGGAAUUUUUCGCGGGAAUAUUUAUCGACGAUCGAAGCGUCCGGGUGCGAAUAGAGAAGUGGAGAAAAUUGUGGCUUGCGUAGCUUCUUCGUCUCGCGACCGCGGAUCUAGCUAGAUCGAAUACCAAAGCUUUCAAUUCGACUGUGCGGAAGGAUGACGGAGCACGGAGGACCAAUCGAUCGCAAUUGCAUGCAACGUUAGUGUUUAAGCAUCGAAUACAGGGUAAAAAAAAAAGAGUAAUUCUAAAAAGAAAGAUUAUUUUGUAGAACUGAUAUAGAUUAAUAAAUGGUAGAAAUCGUAAAUAUAUAUUAUAUGUUAUCGAUACAAGAAGUAUGGAUAUACAGCAAAAAUGGUACUCUAACGCUACGGAAAUGAUUAAUAAUAACACGUUGUACACACGCUGACGUUAACGCUGAAUACGGCGGUAGUAGACAAAAGGAAUAUUACGUAUUGUAUAUGAAUAGAAAAAACGAAAUUACGGAAGAACGGGUCGUUUAUGCGUUGCGGCAAUUAACGUUGCAGUCGGAGAACUCUGCGUCCCCUUGUGGACAGCGUUUUAACAUUGGCACAUGAAAAUUAGAAUACCAAUUCUUUUUUUCUUUUGUUUUUUUCAGACGCAUUGGUCGGAUACGUGCGUCCGUGGCGACAUUAAACAAGCUACGAUAUCCCACGUAAAAAGGUUCCAAAAAUCUGUUCUUAUACGGUAUAUGUUAAUCGUCCGUCCAAAAGUUCUUAAAAUAUACAAAUACAUUUCUAGCAUUA